AUGGCGUACAACUCGGCACUUGUCGAGACAUGGUGCCUCUACGCCGUGGGGUCUCUGAUCUUCGCGGCCAGAAUAGCCUGCCGUGUACGAACGAUCGGACUGGCUGGUUUCAAGCCUGAUGAUUACAUUGUCUUCCUGUCAUGGGGAACUUACACAGUCAUGACCGUUGCGGCGCAUUUCGUUGGCGGAGUCGGCGACCUACAUGCGUUAUCCGACGAAGAACGCAAAAACCUGACGGACGAGGAAGCAAAAGUUCUGGUUUUCGGGACGCAGUGGUUCUGCAUCGGCGUCGCGACGUAUGUCCUCUUCAUCUGGACCCUCAAACUCAACAUGCUCUUCCUCUAUCAGCGCGUGGUCAAGGGGCUAUGGGUUGCAAGGUUCAUCAAGCCGACGAUCUAUCUGGUCAUCGCAACUUUCGUGGCCAUCUACUUGAUACUCUUUUGCGCAUGCCGUCCGUACAGCCGGAUGUGGACUGUUUAUCCUAAUCAGGGUGGGAUUUGUCGUCCAGAUUCUGUGCUCAACAUGGUGCCGGCUCUAGUGAUGAACGUCUUCACAGACGUGCUCAUCAUGGCGAUUCCGGCGCCAGUUGUAAUACCUAUAAAGACAGCGCUGUGGAAGCGGAUCAUCCUGAUCGCCCUCUUCGGGGCCGGUCUCUUCAUAAUGAUCGCGGCCAUUCUCAGAGUGGCCAUGGUCCUGGUGAUGAAGACCGGGCCUACGGCAGCAAUAUGGUCGUGCCGUGAAGAUUUUGUCGCCAUCGUCGUGGGACAGGCCAUGCUACUCCGCCCCAUCUUCACCAAAAACUUCUGGACCACCGGGACGUACAGGUCAUCCGGAGCUGGAUAUUCUUCAAAGAACAGUGCCAACCCCGGUGGAUCCGAGGCAGCCACCAAGCGGAGCAGAGCUAAUAAGGACCCCUUCAGCGUGACGGUCGCGCUCGCCACCAUCCAGGGCAACGACAGCGAGUCUACCGACGGGAUUAUCGAUCCUUCCACGGCACAGAUCGGCCAGAUCCAUACCAUCCAGGAGUGCUCGCGGUCCUCGUCCGAAGCAGACGACCUGGAGAGAGGCAGGGGAGCGAGGAGCGGGAAAAUGGUCAUCCACGUCAGCAAAGACGUGCGGGUCGAGGAGACGGGCAGGGGAAAUGGCGGCCAUCCAACGCUGAGUCGGUCGAGCCACUCGAUGCGUGCCACAAGCAGGGCAGACUGUUGGAACGAGACGCAAGCCGCUCAUAGCGAGAACCAACAGCAUCGGGAGCGUCCAUGA